AUGUGCACUCAAAUACUUAGGCUUAUGCCUCAAAAUAAAAGCUGCUGCCAGUCAGUUCGAACUGUUCGCUGUGAGGCCGACGGUACGCUCGCAAGUCUAGGACGCGGUCCUCCUGAGAGUGAUACUAACGAAUGUAGCCCUAAAUAUUUGAUUGUUAAAGUUGAAAUAUCCAUGGCGCUCGAUUGCACACUUGAUAUCCAGCUUUUAAAUUACAUGGCAUGGAGAUACAUCUGCGUAAUCUAUAACUUAGAUGCAGGCUCUAAUGGAUCUGGGAACAAAAUGCAACAAUAUCAGAAUACCUUUUCAUCUACAAUACGAAUGAUCGAGACGUUU